UGUGAGGCUUCCACGUCCAUGCUCUUAACACAUUACUCUAUGCAGCCUCUGGGCUAUGGAUCCAUGUUACAGUUUUAAUCUAUAGGUUUGUUUCAUUUGUGAUUUUCUUAUCAUUUUUUUUCCUAUUUUUGGCAUUCAUUUUUGGCACUUUUAGUCUCGUUCCUUUCUUUGGCAUUAUGCGUCAAACAUCAUGUAUUAUACACCAUGCAGUGUUCCAGGUAUUCUAAGUACAUUAUCCUUACAAUAACCUUAUCCAUAGGUUUUAUUGUGUCUUAUUUAAAAACAAGGGGAAACUGGAUCUCAGAGAUGAUCAGCAUUCUGGGCACUGAGGGAUUCAACAACGAAUCAGAAAAAGUCUCCGCCAGAAGGAGCUCAUGUUCCGACAGAACACACCCACCCACACACACGUCAUCCAGUGGUAAAACAGGCUAUGAAGGUCAGGGAAGGCCUCUUUGCAGAGGUGACAUUGAAUGGAGACUUGAAAGAAGUAGAGGACAGCCAUGUGGAAAUCUGGAGGAAGAGUGUCGCAGGCAAGAGGAGGCGCCAGUGCAAAGCUCAGGAGGCAGGGAUGUGAUUGGCAGAUCAGAGGACUUGAAAGAGAACAGCUGCUGAAGCAGAGGGAAGAGGAAGAGUGCCAGGAAUGAGUCAGACAGAUUAUGGACGAUUGGCCAGGGUAUGACUUGAAUUUAUUCACGUACCCACAGCACUAUUACGGAGACUUGGAAUAUGUCCUCAUCCCUCAUGGCAUCAUUGUGGACAGAAUUGAGCGGCUGGCCAAGGAUAUUAUGAAAGAUAUAGGAUAUAGUGACAUCAUGGUCCUGUGUGUGCUUAAAGGAGGUUACAAGUUCUGUGCUGAUCUUGUAGAACACCUUAAGAACAUCAGCCGAAAUUCAGAUCGAUUUGUCUCGAUGAAGGUUGAUUUCAUCAGACUAAAAAGUUACAGGAAUGACCAGUCCAUGGGUGAGAUGCAGAUAAUCGGAGGCGAUGAUCUUUCAACGCUGGCUGGAAAGAAUGUUCUCAUUGUUGAGGAUGUCGUCGGAACUGGGAGGACCAUGAAAGCACUACUCAGCAAUAUAGAGAAAUACAAGCCCAACAUGAUUAAGGUAGCCAGUUUGUUGGUGAAGAGAACAUCCAGAAGUGACGGCUUUAGACCUGACUAUGCUGGAUUUGAGAUUCCAAACUUAUUUGUGGUGGGAUAUGCCUUAGAUUACAAUGAAUACUUCAGAGAUCUGAAUCACAUAUGCGUCAUCAAUGAGCACGGUAAAGAAAAAUAUCGAGUCUAAAGACAUGAAUUCUCACCACUAAAGUCCCAGAUAACAUCAUACUUAUGCCUGUACUCGGGAAGCCAGCUGUCAAGUUUGUCCCCCCAGACAUCUUCACUCAGCAGGAUAUAAAAGAAAAAAAUGUUCAAAUGAGAGAGCUUUCUUUUCUGAGGUUAAUAUAAAGAGUAUCAAAGGUUCUUAAGGAAAAGAAAGCAGUGCUUUUAUUUGACUUGUUCCAAAUUAAACACUCCGCCUUGUGACUCAGCAAUGCUAUCUACCUUCACACUCCUGAGCUCCGCCUUCCUUUGUUUUGAUACAGUCAUUAUAUUUGAUUAGUAUUCCCAGCAAUACCCCCACCUAGUUACUCAAAUAUUUUUCACUUAACUUUUUAUACUCUUAUUUUGGUAAUAAGCUUACAAUAUUAAGAAGCUGGGGACUUUUUUUUGACUGAAGCCUUGAGUCCCCUAUACCGGGAAUGCAACUGUUAAUAGAUUCCGAUAUUUUAAAAGGAGGGAAAGGACAAUUUAAUAUAAAUUUCUGUUUGUGCAUUUCUGACAGGCCAUUAUUAUCUGCUUUGACAAAGCCUUUCUGAAACCCAGUGUACAAUGAAUCUUAAUGAUGUUAUGAAACGAGCUUUGCUCGGGGCUCUUGAUUGGAGCUUCCGGUAUGUGAUGACGGUAUGUCAUGUAUGCAUGGAUGUACUCAACUGUGUUUAAUACUCUGAAUUUUAAUUAGAAAAAAAUACAAUAGCAGCAAGGCCCUGGUUUCUAAGCUGUAUCCUUUUAUUCAUGUGGGACAUGAGCAAAUGGCAGAAUUAGGGGCGAGUGCUUUCAAUGCUCGAAACUAAGCAAGUAUAAAUUUUUCCUCUUAUUUGCAUGAAAGGACAAGACACUGUUAUGCCCUGUCCUAAACGUGAAGACAGAGGUUGAAUUUUUUUAAAAAUAUCUUUAAAAGACUGAUCACAAAAUCCAAGGUGCCACAGGAAACAAGCACACUUAAGAAAGUUUUUUUCUGAAUAACAUUUUUUUCCAAUUUCUCCAUUUUAUGAGACAUUUCCUAAUUUAUGGAGAUUUUAAUUGAAAAUAAACUUGAGUCCCAAUAGAGCUGUUUUUUUCUCACUUCCUACAAAAUGCAAAUGCAAAAUAAAUAAUUAAGCAGCUUUUGUUUGGUUCUGAACCGUAUGUGGCGUAUUGUUACUAGGUUCUAGCUUCCUUUAAACUAAUAAAGAAUAAGAAAACUUGU